CCUCCUCCUCCUCUCUGCAUACCGUGCAGCUCCACACUCUCGCCAUCUCUCUCACCAGCCGCUGCACCGUCUCCUCCACCGGCACCACUUUUCUGACACCAGCCUUUAGGAACACCUCCAGUCAUCUGCGAUCAUGUCGUCAGUCCUCCAGAAGCUGAUCAGCCCCUUGGCCAGCGCCCCCGCUGAGCCCCCCAGGAACAAGGUGACCGUGGUCGGGGUCGGCCAGGUGGGCAUGGCCUGCGCCGUCAGCAUCCUGCUGCGGGACCUGGCUGAUGAGCUGGCUCUGGUGGACGUGAUGGAGGAUCGUCUGAAGGGGGAGAUGAUGGACCUGCAGCACGGCAGCCUCUUCCUCAAGACCUCCAAGAUCGUGGCUGACAAAGACUACUCCGUGACAGCCAACUCUCGCCUGGUCGUGGUGACCGCCGGCGUCCGUCAGCAGGAGGGCGAGAGCCGCCUGAACCUGGUGCAGAGAAACGUCAACGUCUUCAAGUCCAUCAUCCCUCAGAUCAUCAAGUACAGCCCCAACUGCACGCUCAUCGUCGUCUCUAACCCCGUGGACGUGCUGACAUACGUGACCUGGAAACUGAGCGGUCUGCCCAAACACCGCGUCAUCGGCAGCGGCACCAACCUGGACUCCGCCCGCUUCCGCUACAUGAUGGCCGAACGCCUCGGCAUCCACGCCUCCUCCUUCAACGGCUGGGUGCUGGGCGAGCACGGAGACACCAGCGUGCCCGUGUGGAGCGGUGCUAACGUAGCCGGAGUGAACCUGCAGAAGCUGAACCCUGAGAUCGGCACCGACGCUGAUAAGGAGCAGUGGAAGGCCACACACAAAGCUGUGGUAGACAGUGCGUACGAGGUGAUCAAGCUGAAGGGGUACACAAACUGGGCCAUCGGUCUGAGCGUGGCCGACCUCACCGAGAGCAUCAUCAAGAACAUGAGCCGAGUCCACCCGGUGUCCACCAUGGUCAAGAACAUGUACGGCAUCAACGAGGAGGUCUUCCUGUCUCUGCCCUGCGUCCUGAACAGCAGCGGCGUGAACAGCGUGGUCAACAUGACGCUGACGGACGACGAGGUGGCUCAGCUGAAGAAGAGCGCCGACACGCUGUGGGGCAUCCAGAAGGACCUGAAGGACAUCUGAACACACACACACACACACACACACACACACACAGAGGCCUGUCGACACGCACACACUCCCUUUUUUACCGUCCUCUCUCUCAAAGCGUAGCGUGCUGAUUUUAAAGGAGUAUACCGCUGUUUCUUCACUUUCAAAUGAUCGGACUGCCCUCACAUCUGUCAGUCACACAAUGUCGAAAAACCUCCCGGUACGCUCCUUUAAAUCAGCAGGUUUUCUCCCUAACAGCUGGUAGGAUGAAGUUGCUGUGUUCCUGUGUUUGUGUUAGGAGCUGAUGUGUGUUUCUGUACUCCGUCAGGAUUCUUGUGUUUCAGCUGUUUGGACCCUAAAAGCAGCCUAAAGUGUCACCGUGCUCCUCCACAACCCUGUAAGCCAAUCAUGUAUCUCCCUGCAGAGAGACAGACACUUUGAAUCCUCCCGCCUUUUGCCUUUAAGUGGUUCUGCUUUAACAACACGAUGAUCAACACUCCUGCUGGUUUUGUGACGGCGGGUGGGGGACGGAGCAGCCAGCGGAGCAGUAACCUUCAGCUCCACUUUAUUUUUGUAAAAACUCGAUUCUGUCUGACCUCGUGUUGUAGACUGUCUGAAGCAGCAACGUGUAACUUAAUAAAUCUGAACCUUAUGAAGGAA